AUGGAUGCUUAUUCAGGAUACAACCAGAUCUUCAUGCACCCCGAAGAUCAGGCCCACACCUCUUUCAUCACGGACCGAGGCCUCUACUAUUAUAAGGUGAUGCCCUUUGGCCUCAAGAACGCUGGGGCUACGUACCAGCGACUGGUGAACCACCUUUUCGCCCCACUGAUUGGCAAUACCAUGGAGGUUUAUGUCGACGACAUGCUAGUCAAGAGUCGCACAGCUGACCAACACAUCCCCAACCUCUCUACCAUGUUCACCAUCCUGAAGCAGUACAAAAUGAGGCUUAACCCCACCAAAUGUGCAUUCGGGGUGGCUUCCGGCAAAUUCCUUGGCUUCAUGAUCAGCCAGAGGGGUAUUGAGGCCAAUCCAGAAAAGAUCCAGGCCAUCUUAGAUAUGACAAUACCUAAGACGGUCAAGGAUAUCCAAAGCCUUACAGUGCGUGUUGCUGCCCUGACUAGAUUUAUCUCCAAGGCCACUGACCGCUGCGCCCCAUUCUUCAAGGCCCUUAAGGGCACUAAGCGAAACAUCACCUGGACUGCCGAGUGUGAAACGGCUUUCAGCGAGCUGAAGGAGUAUAUGGGCCGGGCCCCUUUAUUGUCAACCCCUGAGCACGGAGACAUCCUCGUGAUUUAUCUCUCCGUCUCAGCUUCGGCUGUUAGCUCUGUGCUCAUUCGAUCAAAGGAUAACGCGGAACACCCAGUGCAUUAUGUCAGUAAGGCAUUGCAAGAUGCCGAAGUUCGAUACCCAGACAUCGAAAAAUUGGCGUUCGCCCUGGUCGUCUCGGCUAGACGCCUCCGACCAUAUUUCCAAGCUCACACCAUCCAUGUCUUAACCAACCAACCGCUCCGACAGGUGUUGCAGAAGCCAGAAACUUCUGGGCGACUGGGGUGUGGGGCCGGCCUCGUUCUCGUCUCCCCAGACAAGGUUGCCCUCGAGUAUGCCCUCCGCUUCAAAUUCCAAGCCUCCAACAAUGAGGCUGAAUAUGAAGCACUCUUAGCUGGCCUUCGCCUAGCCAAAGAGAUGGACGCCAGGCAAAUUCAGAUCUUCAGCGACUCACAGCUCGUGGUCCACCAGGUCAACCAGGACUUCACGGCCAAGGAUGCCUCUAUGACGGCUUACCUCCAGCACGCUCGGCACUUGCUGGCAACCUUCCACGCCCACUCUAUCAAGCAAGUGCCACGCUCAGAGAAUAGCCAUGCCGAUGCACUAGCCAGGUUGGCAUCAGCCUUGGAGCAAGGAAUAGGUCGCCACAUCCACAUCGAGUUUUUGGCCCAACCCAGCACAAAAGCCCCACUCAUCUGCACUAUUGAUCACAGCCCUACAUGGAUGGACCCCAUCCUCCAGCUCUUACAGAACCAAACACUACCGGCUAAUCCGGCCGAGGCACGACGCGUUCGCCAUCGCUCUGCCCGAUACCUAAUCAUAAACGUCUCCUUAUACAAGCGGGGUUUCAGCCUUCCUUACCUAAGAUGCCUGACUCCAGAGGAGGGUCACUAUGUCUUCCGAGAAAUCCAUGAAGGCAUCUGCGGUAACCACUCGGGCGCGCGCUCGCUGGCCCAUAAGGCAAUCCGCCAAGGAUACUUCUGGCCGUCGCUCCACACUGACGCCCAGGCCUUCACCCAGAAAUGCGACAAGUGCCAGCGAUUUGCCAACAUUCCACAACUCCCGGCUGAACCGUUGACUGCCAUGGUCAGCCCUUGGCCAUUUGCCCGAUGGAGACUGGAUCUCAUUGGACCUAUGCCAGAGGGCAAGGGCCAGGUCAAAUAUGCAGUUGUGGCCGUAGACUACUUCACCAAGUGGGCUGAGGAUGAGGCCUUGGCCACUAUCACUGCGGCUCGCAUCGAAUCCUUUGUGUGGCAAAGUAUUGUAUGUCGCUUCGGCAUCCCCAACUCCAUCGUCACCGACAAUGGCCGGCAAUUUGACAAUGCCAAAUUCAAACAAUUUUGUUCCAACCUAAAGAUUCGUCUAUGCUUCGCCUCCCCAGCCCAUCCUCAGUCCAAUGGCCAGGUCGAAGCCGUGAACAAAAUUAUCAAGAAGACCCUCAAGACAAAACUUGACAAAGCCAAGGGCUGCUGGCCAGAACUACUCCCGGAAGUACUCUGGUCCUACCGCACCACCUUCCGCACAUCCACCGGUGAAACGCCGUUCUCUCUAUCAUUUGGAACCGAGGCCGUAGCAUCGGUAGAGAUUGGCCAGCCCACAUACCGAACCUCCACUUACGAUGCCAAGGCCAAUGACGAGCAGUUAGCCCUCAACCUCGACUUCAUUGACGAGCUCCGUGACCAAUCAAGCAUGCGCAAUGUCGCGUACAAACAACGCAUCGCCAAAUACUACGACUCCCGAGUCAAGACCCGUGCUUUCAAAAUGGGGGACUGGGUCAUGCGCAAGGUUUCCUUGGCUACCAAAAAUCCCAACGAAGGUACCCUCGGCCUUACAUGGGAAGGUCCUUAUGAGAUUAUCAAAAUCUGCCGCCCCGGCACUUAUCAGCUUCGCAAUCCCACAUGCAAGACGCUGCCUCACCCCUGGAACGCUGACCACCUCAAGUACUACUACAAGUAA